UCAUGAUCGGCGCUUCUGGAAUACCAGAAAAGAAUUAAUUCGUUUAUCAUCCCUCCACCCUUCCCUCCGUCCGUCCUUCUCUCCUUAUCGGGAAAGCCUCGACAUCCGUGCCUUCAAAAUCCUCUCCCGUAUGCCGCUGGAGACUCCACAGCUGUAGCGGAGGACGCUGUUUACGGUCUGUCCGAGGUUUGGGCGCUCCGUCACCCCGGGGUGUGGCAGGCAGAGUGCCCGCUGAGUGUAGGAUGGUGUGGGUGUGAAGAUGGGGAAAGACCAGGAACUACUGCAGGCAGUAAAGACGGAGGACCUGCUCACCGUUCAGAAGCUGCUGCAGAGGCCCCGGCCCGGGAAAGCAAAGCUCCUCGGUUCUGCUAAGAGGGUCAACGUCAACUUCCAGGAUACAGACGGGUUUGCUCCGCUUCACCAUGCUGCUCUCAGCGGGAACCUGGAGCUCAUCUCUCUGCUGCUGGAGUCUCAGGCCGCCGUGGACAUCAGGGACCAGAAGGGGAUGCGUCCUCUGCACUACGCGGCGUGGCAGGGGAAGGCGGAGCCUAUGAAGACGCUGCUGAAGUCUGGUUCGUCGGUCAACGGCCAAUCAGACGAGGGACAGAUCCCUCUGCACCUGUCGGCACAGCACGGACACUACGACGUGUCUGAGAUGUUGCUCCAGCAUCAGUCCAAUCCGUGUAUAGUGGACAAUGCAGGAAAGACUCCUCUUGAUCUGGCCUGUGAGUUCGGCAGGGUCGGGGUGGUCCAGCUCCUUCUCAACAGUAACAUGUGUGUGGCCCUGCUGGAACUUAAACCAGGAGAUUCUACUGACCCCAACGGGACCUCCCCUCUCCACCUGGCAGCCAAGAACGGACACAUAGACAUCAUCAGGCUGUUGAUCCAGUCUGGAAUAGACAUCAACAGACAGACCAAGGCUGGCACGGCCCUGCAUGAAGCAGCUCUCUGUGGGAAGACUGAGGCUGUUCGCCUCCUGCUGGAUAGUGGUAUCAAUGCAGCGGUGAGGAACACCUACAGCCAGACGGCCUUGGACAUAGUUUACCAGUUCUCUGCUUCACAGGCCAGCAGAGAGAUCAAACAGCUACUCAGAGAUGCGUCGGCAGCCCUCCAGGUCAGGGCCUUGAAGGAUUACUGCAACAACUACGACCUGACCAGCCUCAACAUCAAGGCUGGGGACGUCAUCACGGUUCUCGAGCAGCAUGUUGACGGGCGCUGGAAGGGCUGUAUCCAUGACAACCGUACAGGAAAUGACCGCGUGGGCUACUUCCCUUCUACAAUAGUGGAGGUCAUCAAUAAGAGAACAGGUUUGCCGAGCACAGUCAUUAACACCCAACAGUUUCAAAAGAUACAGCUCGUUCCCACGCCGACGGUCGCCCCCGCCAACUCAGCGGUCGUCAACGGCAACGAAACCACGUUCCAUCAGUUCCAUAUCCUGCCUCCUCCGCCUCCUCCUCCUCCACAUAUCCAUCAGCCACUGCUUCCACUAUUCACUUCCUUUGGCUAUAACAGGUCGCCCGUGACGACCCCGGGGGACACACCCACCACCCCCCCAGGUUGUCGCGGCUCAGAAGCCACCCCUCACGGUUCCCCCACCCGGUCCUGCGGCCCCCAAGGCAGCUCCAGCGAGGAGAUAUGGGUGCUGCGCAAGCCUGGGCCAGGUGGAGACCGUAGUAGCGUGGGGAGCUCUGGCAGCGUGACCAGUGUGAGGUCAUCAGGGAGUGGGCAGAGUGCCGGGAGCUCCACCCACAUUCUCCACGCGCAGGCCGAGGGGGUUAAGCUCCUGGCGACAGUGCUUUCUCAGUCUGCCAAAGCCAAAGAGCACCUGCUGGAGCAGUCCAAGUCUGUAGAGCUAUCUACAGGCUCCGCCUCUGCCUCUAGACAGUCGAGCCAAUCAGGAUGCCCGCUCCACGAAGCUCCACCCUAUGACGCCACGACAACCUGGAAGGGGGAGGGGCAAGGCGAGGGGAAGAGCUCUGAGGCUGUUGUCCAAUGGCUGAGUGACUCUCAGCUGCAGGUCUACGCUCCAAACUUCAUCAGCGCCGGGUAUGACAUAGCCACCAUUAGCAGAAUGACCCCAGAGGAUCUCACGGCCAUCGGAGUGACCAAACCAGGCCACCGAAAGAAGAUGACAUCAGAGAUCAACAAACUCAGCGUCACCGAGUGGCUCCCUGACCAGAAACCUUCCAGUCUGGCAGAGUGGUUGUCAGCGAUAGGGCUGAGUCAGUACCAGCAGGUUCUGGUGCAGAACGGAUAUGAAAAUAUCGACUUCAUCACAGAUAUCACCUGGGAAGACCUGCAGGAGAUCGGCAUCAUCAAGCUAGGCCACCAGAAGAAGCUGAUGCUAGCUGUGAAGCGAUUGGCUGAGAUGCAACGUGGCUCUGAGGAGCGGAGCUCCACCAGGAAGAAGCCUCCACCAAUCACACAGCAGCAGGACGUGAUGUCCGCAGAGAACGUGCCCCCUGACAACGAAGUCGUCACUUCUCCCAAGUUGUGCACCUUCCAGGACAGCGAGUUGAGCCCCGAGCUGCAGACGGCGCUGAUCCAGCCUAGCCCAGAGGUCAAGGGUCAGAGGACCCGCAGCCUCAGCAAGGAUCCCGAGGAGGGAGUAGGGUCAGGGGGUAGAGGAGGAGGAGGAGGAGUGGCCCCUAAGAAGGAGGCUCGGACCAUGAGGCAGACCAGCCAAGGGAGCCAGAGGGGCAGCGCCUCGUCCAAACCUCGCCCGCCCUCCCACGCCCACUCAAUGCCGGCACCCCCUUACACUCCCCCUCACACCCCCACCAAGAAACCCCUGCACUCCUCCACCUCCGCCCCGGGCCCCUCACCGCAGGCCAAACCCAAAUCCUCCCCACAGCUAAUACAAGGAGAGAGGCCUGGCUCCCCCCGCUCUCACCCCCAGUCCAUCACACACCGCGGGACUCCCAACAGCCAGACUCAGCCCCAGCCUGGUCCUCAGCCCCAGCAGCAACCUUCACCUACUUCCCAAUCUCAGCCUACAGCCCAGCCGAUGGAGGAAGAGGAGAGGGAGAAGGAGAGGGGGGUUGAGAGGGAGAAGGAGAGGGGGAUUGAGAGGGAGAAGGAGAGGGGGAUUGAGAGGGGGAUUGAUAGGGAGAAAGAGAGGGGGAUUGAGAGGGAGAAGGAGAGGGGGAUUGAGAGGGAGAAGGAGAGGGGGAUUGAGAGGGAGAAAGAGAGGGGGAUUGAGAGGGAGAAGGAGAGGGGGGUUGAGAGGGAGAAGGAGAGGGGGAUUGAGAGGGGGAUUGAGAGGGAGAAGGAGAGCACCCUCCAGCGGCAGCCCAGCCCCCAGGUGUCUGUUCCCUUCCUGUGCCUGCCUCCGGAGGCUGAGGGGGGAGACGGGGGAGAGAUGGGUGAGGCCCUCCUUAAGAAGCGAGCUAACAGUCUGAAUCGCUACGCCGGGUCUGACGGGGAGGUGGAGGAGAGGGGGGGUGGAGGUGCAGGGGCGGGGGCGGGGACAGGAGUGGCCCCUCCAGGGAGGCUAGCAGGGGGAGGGACAGGUAAAUACGCCACGGUGACUCACCGGGUCAGCCGCAGCCACUCCGUACGCAACCAGGACAAGAACGUCAACCGCAGCCAAUCACAGUCCAUCGCCCUGCGGCCCAAGAAGAAAGGCCCGCCCCCUCCGCCUCCCAAACGCUCCAGCUCGGCGAUCUCGAACUCCAACCUCACCGACACACACACACUGACGCACACACACACGGCGGACGGGCUGCUGGGCGUGCCCUACAACCCCCAGCGGCGGGCCAGCGACCUGGGUGUAUCCGUGGAGACGGCCGUCGUGGAUACGGGGAGCGCGGGCAGCGUGAGGAGCAUAGCGGCCAUGUUGGAAAUGUCCUCCAUCGGAGGCGGGGCCAAGGGCAUGGCUACACAGAGAAACUUCCUACAGCAGCGGGAUGCCAUUGGUCUGGACGGGGAGGUGGUGAACCGUCGUAGGACCAUCAGUGGUCCUGUUACUGAGCUGGUCGCGGCAGCGAGGAGGGACAGACCUACCCCAGCGCCCCUGUCUACCGCACCCCAACCUUCUCCUCACCCUUCUACACCCCAGCUGCCUUCUUCCCCUCGCUCGCCGUCCUCCCCUCGCCCCUCGUCUCCUCACACCCCUUCUUCCGGUAGUUCGGCUGAGAGCCUUCCGUUUGCUGCUGAGAGGAAACAGACUACGAAGAGGCAGAGAGGAGAGGGAGAGGAAGAAGCAGAGGGCGACGGUGAUGGAGACGGUCUCCAUGGAGACGGCGUGUUCUCCCUUCCCCCGGAUGAGCUGUCCCGGGUCGACGCCACGGCAACCCUGAAACGGCGUCCCCGCUGCAACAAGCCCCACCCCAACGGGUCCCGUUUCACCCUGACGGAGUCUUCCACCGUCAAGCGCCGUCCCAAGAGCAGAGACAAAGAGCCAGAGGGCUUCUCAGAGAGUGGCAUCGCAGACAUCACCGGGGCCUCCAAUACCGGGACCUCCAUCACCGGGGCCGUCAACACCGGGGCCGUCAACACCGGGACCUCCAACACCGUGGCCGUCAACACCGGGACCUCCAACACCGGGGCCGUCAACACCGGGGCCGUCAACACCGGGGUCGUCAACACCGGGGCCGUCAACACUGGGGCCACCAACACCGGGGCCGUUACCGGGCCGGAGCCGGGGCCAGCCGUACCGUACGAGAACGGCACCGCCACCGUUAAACGCCGACCGGUGUAUGAGAUGGGAGAGGCGGAGCCUAGUCCGAUCCAGGCUACGCCUCCUCUCAGGGACAGCUCAGACCUGGGAGGAUCAGGGGUGGUGGCGCGGGGAGAAGGGGGAGGAGCGGUGACCCCUGUGAGGAAACCCAAACCGCCUGUCUCCCCCAAACCUGUCCUGGCUCAGAUGAGGAGACACUCCUCCUCUAGAAGAGUCCCCCUGCCUGGACCAGGAACCCCCGGCAGCCCAGUUGAAGGAAAGAAGAUUCCUCCCCCAGUCUCCCCCAAACCAGCUCCUCCCCCCACAGCCCCUAAACCAACCAAACACCUCCACUCUAUAACCACACCCACCUCCCCCCCCUCCUCCUCCUCCUCCUCCCCCCCCAACCCCACAGCCAAACCCCCCACCCCUCCCGCCCAGAGUCCUCACACCCCUCUCACCCCCCAGAGUCCCCACACCCCCCUCACCCCCACCCCUCCACCUAUCAAACCCCCCCGCUCCUCCAUCGGGGGCGUGUCCGUGGACAUGGGGACAGUGGCGGCGGUCAGCGUGGCGAUGUCAGAGGCGGAGUCUGUGCAUCAGAAGCUGGAGGAGACGAGCGCGUCGUUGGCUGCUGCCUUGAAGGCUGUAGAGGACAAGAUACGAGAGGAACAGGAUUGGGUUGCAGAGGAGAAGACGACGGUCAGUAUCCUUGACGACAUCGGCAGCAUGUUUGACGAACUGGCCGACCAGCUGGACGCCAUGUUGGAGUAACCGUGACAACAGCUGGCCGUCCCCGCGGCAACGCAGCCAGCCUCGGGACUUCCUCCUUCCGUCCGAAAGGCACAGCGCUCCUCUCCUCCCUCGCCGUCCUCCUCCUGUCUGCUCUCUCCACUAAAAGGACGGAGGGGACCACUCCAUUACAGAGGAGAACUCUUGUCCACAAGGCCCGUGACGCUAGGCUUGUCCCGUCCACUGCUUAAUAACAAAACAGUUACAGCCCCAUGUGAUGAAUUGUAGUUAUGGUAUGUGAUGUGUACAUUGUCAGCAUGAAGAGGGUUUAUAUUUACAGAAAACAGGCUCCUCUCUGAGAGAGAGUCAUGCAUUAGUCCAGUCAUAUUAUAAAUAUAUAUAUAUAAAAUAUAAAUAUAUAGAUAUAUGAUUUGA